AUGAGACAGUCUCUGUCCGGUCCGCCCUCCAUCCCCCCGACCUCGCCUCUCUGUGCGCUCCCGUCCCCGCAGGUGGGUGACCAGAUCCUGGAGGUGAACGGCCGCAGCUUCCUGAGCAUCCCGCACGACGAAGCCGUCCGCGUCCUGAAGUCGUCGCGGCACCUCAUGAUGACGGUGAAGGACGUCGGACGGCUGCCGCACGCCAGGACGGUGGUGGGCGAGACCAAGUGGAUCGCCAGCUCGCAGAUCGCGGAGAGUUCGGCCAACAGCAGCGUGGCAGGCUUCUCUAUGGACCAGGGAGCAUCGGCGGCAGGAAAGCCGGGGUUUUAUAAAGGCGUGGCGGGCUCCCAGGUGACCCUGUCCAGUCUGGUGAACCAGUCCAGAGCCAUGCUGGAGGAGCAGGCGCGCCACCUGCUGACCGAGGCCGAGCGUCAGACCAUGGGCUACUACGUGGAGGAGUACCGGGACGGGCACAUCGGCGUGGACCAGCUGGUCAUGGCGCUGUUCGAGCUGCUGAACACCCACGCCAAGUUCUCUCUGCUGUCGGAGGUUCGAGGUCUGGUCACCGCCCAGGAUCUGGAGCGAUUCGACGGUCUGGUGCUUCGACGUGAGAUUCAGGCUCUGAAGGCUCGCCAGGGGACGGCCGGAGCCACGGCCCUGCAGCCGGACUCCCUGUCCAUGGUGUCGUAUCCGGACACCCUGACCUCGUCCUCGGCCAGCUUCAUGACCAACACCACCCUCAGCUCUGCGCGGGAGAGGCUGCUCUGGCUGAUAGAUAUGAUGGAGAACGACAGCGUGGUGGAGAGUAAUGAGGAGGAUCCUCCGGAGAGUCUGAACACGCUGCUGACCGACAUCUCUCUGCCGGGCCUGUUGGAGCCCACGUCUACACUAGUGAGGGUGGCAAAGAGUGCCAGCACCCUGGGUAUCGCCAUCGAAGGCGGAGCCAACACUCGCCAACCGCUACCACGGAUUGUCACAAUACAGAGGGGAGGUUCGGCUCAUAACUGCGGCCAGCUGAAGGUGGGUCAGGUGAUCCUGGAGGUGAACGGGGUUUCCCUGAGGGGCCGCGAGCACCGGGACGCCGCCCGCCUCAUCGCCGAGGCCUUCAAGACCAAAGAGAGGGACCACGUGGACUUCCUGGUGACUGAGUUCAACGUGGCCCUAUAG